AUGGCAGACGAAACCAAGUGCCCGCUCCGCCGGCAGAUGAACGUGGGCGGCGGCGGCACGACAAACACCGACUGGUGGCCCGAGACGCUCAAGCUCGACAUCCUGCGCCAGCACUCGGCCGCGUCCAACCCGCUCGGCGGCGACUUCGACUAUGCCGCCGCCUUCAAGAGCCUCGACUACGCCGCGCUCAAGAAGGACCUCAAUGCCCUCAUGACCGACUCGCAGGACUGGUGGCCGGCCGACUUUGGCCACUACGGCGGCCUCUUCAUCCGCAUGGCCUGGCACAGCGCCGGGACCUACCGCGUCUUUGACGGCCGUGGCGGCGGCGGACAGGGUCAGCAGCGCUUUGCCCCCCUCAACAGCUGGCCCGACAACGUCAGCCUCGACAAGGCCCGGCGCCUGCUGUGGCCCAUCAAGCAAAAGUACGGCAACCGCAUUUCGUGGGCCGACCUCAUGAUCCUCACCGGAAACGUGGCCCUCGAGUCCAUGGGCUUCAAGACGUUUGGCUUCGCCGGCGGCCGUCCCGACACCUGGGAGGCCGACCAGGCCGUCUACUGGGGCGCCGAGACGACCUGGCUGGGCAACGACGCGCGCUACUCCGAGGGCCACGACGGCCUAUCCAAGCACGGGGCCCUCGUCUCAGACCAAGACCCUCAUGUCAAGACACACUCGCAGCAGCUCGAGUCCCCGCUCGCCGCUGCUCACAUGGGCCUCAUCUACGUCAACCCCGAAGGCCCGGACGGCAAUCCAGACCCCGUCGCCGCCGCCAAGGACAUCCGCAUCACCUUUGGCCGCAUGGCCAUGAACGACGAGGAGACGGUCGCCCUCAUCGCCGGGGGACACUCGUUCGGCAAGACGCACGGCGCCGGCCCCUCGAGUAACGUCGGCAAGGAGCCCGAGGCGGCCGACAUCGAGCAGCAGGGCCUUGGCUGGACCAACGCCCUCGGCUCCGGCAAGGGCCCGGACACCAUCACCAGCGGGCUCGAGGUGAUCUGGACCAAGACGCCCACCAAGUGGAGCAACAGCUACCUCGAGUACCUCUUCAAGUUUGAAUGGGAACUCACAAAGAGCCCGGCGGGCGCCCACCAAUGGGUCGCCAAGAACGCCGAGCCCAUCAUCCCCGAUGCCUACGACCCGUCCAAGAAACACCUGCCGACGAUGCUGACGACGGAUCUCUCGCUUCGCCUCGACCCCCAGUAUGAGAAGAUCGCGCGCCGCUUCCUCGAGAACCCGGAUCAGUUCGCCGACGCCUUUGCCCGCGCCUGGUUCAAGCUGACGCACCGCGACAUGGGCCCGCUCGUCCGCUAUCUCGGCCCCGAGGUGCCCAAGGAGGAGCUCCUCUGGCAGGACCCCAUCCCUGCCGUCGACCACGCCCUUGUCGAAGACGACGACAUUGCGGCCCUCAAAAAGGACAUUCUUGCGUCCAACGUAGGCCUGUCCAAGUUUGCGUCUGUCGCAUGGGCCGCGGCGUCCACGUUCCGCGGCGGCGACAAGCGCGGCGGUGCAAACGGUGCCCGCAUCCGCCUGGCGCCCCAAAAGGACUGGACCGUCAACAACCCGCCACAGGUGGCCGAGGUUGUCAAGCACCUGCAAACCAUCCAGAAGAAGUUCAACGACUCGCAGAGCGGGGGCAAGAAGAAGGUCUCGCUCGCCGAUCUCAUCGUCUUGGCCGGCUGUGUCGCCGUCGAAAAGGCAGCGCGGGACGCCGGCUUCAACAUCGUCGUCCCCUUCACUCCCGGCCGCAUGGACGCCUCGCAGGAGCAGACGGAUGUUGAGACCCAACGCCACCUGGAGCCUUACGCCGACGGCUUCCGCAACUACGGCCAGUCGACGUCUCGUGUCAAGACGGAGAACUUCCUCGUCGACAGGGCAAACUUGCUAACGCUCACUGCCCCGGAGAUGACGGUGCUGGUGGGCGGGCUCCGUGUCCUCAACACAAACUACGACGGCUCAGCUCAUGGUGUCUUCACGAGCCGCCCCGGCGUCCUGACCAACGACUUCUUUGUCAACCUCCUCAAUACGAACACCCAGUGGAAGCCCACCGGAUCCGACAACGAGCGCUUCCAAGGCUUCGACCGCAAGACCGGCGAGAAGAAGUGGACGGCCACCCGCGUUGAUCUUGUGUUUGGGUCUCACGCCGAGCUGCGCGCCGUCUCCGAGGUCUACGGCAGCUCAGACGGCGGCCAGAAAUUCAUCCAGGACUUUGUCGCUGCGUGGGACAAGGUCAUGACCUUGGACCGCUUUGACUUGAACAAGAAGGAAACCCGGGCCAGCCGUCUCUAA